AUGCCUGCCAAGGUCUCCACGCCCGCUCCGUCCAAGAAGAAGCAGCCCUCCUUGUCCUCCAAUAGCAAGAAGAACAAGAAGUCUCUAGCCGACCAGAGAGCCCGCAUGGAGGAUACCCUGUCCGUUGAUUCAGGAGAAGGGAUCCUAUCAGGCACUGCCAAUUCAAAGCACAGGUUGACACACAUAUGUGUACAGCAGAGGGUUUCAUCAGCAACAGCAGCAGAAGUUGAGGAUAGUCUUGAUGCUAUCUCCACUGAUCAGUUAGGCCGGCCAGGGAAAAAGAGGGCUAAAGUUUGGGCUUAUGUUGACUCAGAAAUCGUUGAUGGAAUUGAGAAGGUUGUCUGCAAGUAUUGCAAGCUCCGAUUGUCUUCUGUGUCAGGGAAAUGGACAACUCACUUGAAUAGGCAUAUUGGAUAUUAUUGUCAUCAUAUCCCUCAAGAGGACAGGGACAGAUUCUUAGCAACUUUGAAGAACAAGUUUGAUAGAGAUAAUUCUGUAUUUGAUCCUGUUGUAUUUAGAGGUCUGAUUGCAAAGUACUUCCUUAGUGCUAAGGUUGCAUUUCGAAAAGCAGAUGAUCGUGCUUGGAAAGAGAUGAUAAAUUAUGCUCAGCCUUCAUUCAAUGUGGAUUACAAAGUCAUACCAAAUGCAGUUGGAAGGGCAUUAUGUCUCAAAGGCAAGUUGGGGCUAGUUCUAGAUGUUCCCCACCGUUGGAAUGCUACAUAUGACAUGUUGAAUGAAGCUCUGAAGUAUAAAGCAGCUCUCAACAGAUUCGCAGCUGAGCAAUAUCAAGAUGUUCCUAGUGAACAAGAUUGGCAGAAAGCUGAAUCGCUUCAUGAAUUUCUAGAACAGUUCAGUGAGGCUACAAAAGCAUUUUCUGUGGAUAGGCAUCCAACAGCCCACCUCUUUUUGAAGAUGUUGAUGGCAGUCCGAGAUAAAUAUUGGGAUGUGCCUAGUAUGAUACUUCUCAUAGCUGUUGUCCUGGAUCCAUCCAUGAAAGCUGACUUUGUCAGGUUCUUUUACAUGAAUGUUGAGAAUGCAGAAGCGGAAGCAAAGAUGAGAGAGCUUAGGCAAUACUUGAAGAAAUAUUAUCUAGAGUAUGAGAGGAUUGUGAGGAACAACACCGAUCCUGUCUUCAUUUCAUAUGAAGAGGAA